CAGUGAUGAAAAACGCGCGAAACGUAUCAAAUUUGAUGUGUUUAUGUAUUUUUUAGAGCUACAAGUGGAAGUCGGCACUGAUCAUGCAAUUAGAAGAGAGAAUUGUAGAACUCGGCCGCGAAAAAGAUAUCGCUGCGUUGUCUGCAUAUGUUAAUAAAUUGGGUAUUAAACAAGUGACUGCCAUCAUUACAAAAAUAUGCAGAUACCAAACAGCUCCUGAAAUUCUUACCUUCUUAUUUCAGGCUACACAUUAUGGUGGAGCAUCAGAAAUUACAAGCUUUAGAGUAUGUAAACAAGUUCUCCAGCAACUUCAAAUACAAGACAUAUCAACAAUUCAGACAAAUGCCUUGUUGACUUUAUUAAUCAUUGAAUUUGAGCACUUAGAGUCAAAGGAGUUGAUGAAGUUGACAGAAUGGUGUACAGAAUGCAUCCAGCAGCCAACAGAUCGAGUGUGUUGGAAAGAUGUUUUACCAAAACUUCUGCAUUUGUUAAAACAAAAAGAAAGGGUUGAAUAUGAAGGUGUAGAAAUGACAGGAGCUGAUUAUAAAGAUAAGAUAAUAAAUUCUCUUUGUAUGGCAAAAUGGAGACCGGAGGUAAUUAGUCCUCUGGCAGCAAUGUUUCUGGAUGUACUACUAUCUCCUGACCAGCAUUUGCAAAUUGUGUACAAAAUUUGCAAAUGUAUGACUGAAAUGCCUCCAAAUAUGGUCCCUCCAGUUGUAAAUCAACUGCUAUGGUUGUGUGAAGAUCAGCAUGGGUUACCAUUAUUCUUGGAACUACAGAAUUACUUUACGACUCAUCUCUAUAGCAUGAAACAUUUCAAAGAAAAAAGUGAUAAAUCUAAAGAUAUGGAAUCGAUGUCCGAUGACAUUGCAAAUGAUGCAGUGGACAUAAGAGAUAUUCAACGAUCUGAAAGUACAGUGCUUUUCCAUAUCAGCCAGGCUGCUGCUGGUGGGCAUUCUAUUGUGAAAGAACUAAUCAAGAGUCUGAAGAAUGUACGCAAUGCUCCAGAAUUUGUGUUAAACCCAUUUUUGGUAGCUGUUUUACUGUGUGUGUCUUCCAUAAGUUCCUAUGAAGACCAGGCUUUUGAUAUUUUGAAAUUGGCAGUUAUUCGUGCAUCAACAGAAGAGGAGAAAAGGAACAGUUCGGCUUGGUUGAGAGACAUUGUUCCAAAAGUAUUAAGUAUUCAGCUUGUUUUCACCAAAGUAAUUGAAAGCAGCAUUCGUGAAAGAGAUAGAGUUAUUUCUGGGCUUAUAAAAUUCAGUUUUGUUUUACUAAGUGUGACAAAGAUGAAGAGUAUGGAAGGAAAACCAGAUAAAAUUUGGACACUGGCGAGAUACAUUUUGGUAACUGUUGCUAAAAAACAACCAGAUGUGACAACUGAAAUUGUUCAACAGCUUUUGCAGCAAAUAUUGGACCAUAAGAACAUACAAUAUAUUUCUUGUCUGAGAAAGCUGUGUGCAGAAGCUCGCAUUGGAAUGGCUGAUUCUGUCUCGGGUAUCAUUCAACUAUUAGAUAAUUUGGGUUUCUUACCUGAAAAAAUUGCCACCGAGUUAAUUCGAGCAAUAUUACCACUUCUCAGAGACAGCUCUUCAUUACGAACAACCUUAACCAUAAUUCUUCGUAAGAGCAUGUAUAGUAGGAAUGUUGAAACAAGAAAAAUGGCUGUCUCUGGAUUGCUGCUAUUUCUAAAACACAUGGAUGUUAAAAGCCUUGUCGCCCUGAGCCAAACGAGUUGCAGUCAGGGAGAUACUGAUUCAAUGGGACUUGGCUCUCUGUCACAGGUAGAUGUACAUCAGGAGGUAGGCAGUUUGGGCAAUGAAGCAACAUGUAUAGAGCUGCUAAAUAUCUUAAGAAGGUGCUUCAUGCAACAGUCUUCUGUCAGGCUUUGUCUCUAUCAAGGUCUUCAUGAUGCUGUCUGCAAGAAUCCAGUUCUGUUUCCACAUGCUCUUGAGUUGCUGUCGGAACAUUUUAGCCAGUAUUAUGAGAAGUCCGAGAAUGUCCUCCCUCCAGUGAAUUUCUCGAAAAUAAUUGAGGUGAAAGGAGCAUCAGUGAUUUUGAAGGAGCCAUUGGCAAAUUUAUUAUUUGUCAUUCAGCAGCUAACUGUGAAGGCACUGAGUAAUUCUGAGAACAGUAAACAGACAGCAGAUAAACUCCAACAAAUGCUUGAGUCACUUACAGAUCGCAUGAUAAAGUGCAGUUUGGAAGACCUUGGAUUUGAUAAUACAACAAAUUUCGCAGAUAUUAUACCUGAAAGUCAGCAGGCUGUGGAAAUAUUCCAUCAAACUCUUGGCAUUUAUGAAGCCCUCAUGGCAUACACAAUAUCUUUAUGGAAGGAAACCUCUAGCAAUUGUCAGAGAUUAUCAAACCUUUUUAAGGGCUAUCAUAGGUUGAUAGAAUUUGCAAAGUCAGCUUGCAAACCACGAAAGAAAGAUAAGGAUGCAGAUUCUCUGAAAGGAAAGUUAGCGGGGAAGCCACUGAAAUUACCUUCAACACUUAUGGAUUUUGAAACUGUCAACAAACUACAGGCACUGCUGGGCAGGUCACUUGGUCCUGCAUCUGUUGAAGCAGUGGAAUCACUGAAGAACCGCAGGGAAUUUUAUCAAUAUGCGAUGACAACUUCCCUGCAGCUGAUUCAACAAGCAAAACAACUGAAAGCAGAAAAUAUGCAUGUAAACAUUGACCUGUACAGACACUGUACUACAUUAGCAAGGGUAUUGUAUGAAAACUGCAUCAGCCAAGUAAUCACAUUUAAUGAUUUUGACAAUUUGACAUGUAACAUCUCAGCUGAAUGUUUUUCUGAAAUUGUCUCCCUUAUCACAGUAUACUAUAAGAGCUAUAUACCACAUUUCUUGGAGGAAAUAAGUAAUGUAUCAAAAAGUGAGGGCUUGGGUAAACAGUUGUAUGGAGUUAUUGAAAAACUUCAAGAAACGUUGAAGGAAAUAGUGGAUACUGAUGAGCAAGAACAACACGAAAAGAUCGUUGAAUUACUGGUUUCCACUUUUGAAACUCUUGCAAGCGAGAUUCCAUUUGAUUCUGAAUACUGUACCAAGAUCUAUGAAUGGGCAAAAGAACUUUGUCAGGAAACAACAACUGAAAAUGUCAAAAUAGCAAAGAGCAUUUUGCUAUUGUUAUUCAGACUGUUUAUUCUGUAUAAAUCAGCUGGUUCAAUCUUUGGACAUAUAUCGCUCCAUUUAUUGAGUAUAUAUGGGGCUACUGAAGAGGCAACUGCUGGGAAAGACAAAUUCACUCGAUUUGGUGUUUUGACUGAUAAUUCCAAAGAUGCUGCUCUCAUUGCUUUUUGUAAUGUGCUGCGCAUUAGCCUUUCUGAUAUUAACUGGGUUGUUGAAAGGCUGCAGUCAGAAUACACAGCACGCGCAUAUUCUUCAGAGUAUAGUAUUGAAUCACGCCAAGAAUUUUUAAAAAGCAAAGAACGUGAUGUCUGCUGCCAUGUAAGUCAUUAUGUUACUGUUAUUAAUAACCUCACAAAAAUGGCAGUACCAGCUGGAAAUUCAAGUGCAACAUUAUUUAGGCUGCUGACUUCUCUGUACACAACUCUUAUAACAUUGACAAAAUAUUUUUGCAUAAGAUCAUCAAAGCUGGAUCCAGCAUUUCAGACAGCAAGAUUCACUCAAGUAAUUACUUUGGCAGGCAGGCAUUUAGCCAGAAACUACGACGCCCUUAUAUCACAUGUUGAGGAAAUGGAAGGAGAAGAAGGAGGAAAGAAAACCAAAAAGGCUAACAACUUUGCACUUAAAUCCAAGGUUUUAAAAGGGGCUAAAUCCAGGACGAGUUUACUGUUUGAGAGAGAGCAGUUUGAACAACUAAUAAUAAAGCUCUCCUCAAAAACUAAGGUAAAUCUUAUGCAGUAUGUCAAACAAAAUGCGAGUCGAGAUUUCCACAUCAGUUCAAAAAAGCUGUGCAAGGCACUUGAUCAGCAGCAUAAGGAUGGAGAUAAUGACACAAGCGUAACAACAGCUGAUGACAGUAGAAGAGAUGGAGACGAUGGCAUUCCAGUGUCUGCUGCUGAGGAAAGGCAUCCCCCAACAAAAAAACAACGCACUAAAUAAUACAAUGGGGUUUUCUGUGCGACUACAUCUCCAUUAAUUUUUCUAUAUUGUAUUUUUUUAUCAAGUUAGAUAAGUUGUUCUUCACUGCACUGUAUUGUAGAUAAAUUUGUACAAACAGUUCGACUCUUUAAUAAAUGUACAGUA